AUGGGAUUCACCGAUGCUGCCUGUCUGACAUGCCGCAAGAAGUCGCGUCGAUGUGAUCGUGCGCGACCGAAUUGCAGGCGUUGUAUCAGUAAAGGACUUCAAUGUGAAGGGUAUCCUGACAAAUUUCGCUUCUGUGGCAUUGCCAGCCGUGGGAAGUGGAAGAACCGAGAAGCGCCAAUACCGGCUCAGAUUACUCCCGAGGGAAGCUCCAGUGAAAAUCCACCUCAAGUGAAUCAUAAUAAUGAACAGUCGGGUGCUUCUGCGACAGUUGCGGACACGGCAGGUCUUACCACGCCGAUGCAGAGCUUGACGCCGAGUGAUCAACGUGGACUCGACAAGCUUCUUGCUUCGGUCGAGGUAGAAACACUCUUGGCGCAUUACGACCAAAUCAUUUGCCCGCAUCAAAUAGCACAACUCGAUGGCAGUGACAACCCUUAUCGACUUUACGUGCUUCCUCUUGCUUACGAGCAAAUCGGUCUUUUAUACGCAGUCCUCGGGCUAUCAGCAUGCCAUUUGGGUCGUUUGAAGGGGGAUUCACAUCUUUGUGAAUCAGCGGCCGUCGAUUAUCGGCUCAAAGCCAUCACCGCGCUAGGGCGUACCAUCAAGAAGGUCGGCUCCGGGGCCUUUGAUGAGAAUGAGUGUGAUGGCGUCUUCGCUACCAUUCAGAUUCUCCUACUUCAUGACUUGAAGCUGGACCAGACAUUGACUGUUGAGCACAAGAGGACCGUGUUCUUUCUAGGCAACCUUGUCUGGUUGGAUAUCAUUCGCGCAUUCUCGACACCGGAACGAUUAUGCUUCACCCAAGACCUUCGCAAAAGGUUACUGUCACUCUGCGACUUACGAUUUGAAUCAGUCAACGGCUGUCCACGGGAGAUAGUUUUCAUCAUCGGCGAAAUCCUCGAACGAGCAAAAGCGCAUUCGAGCGGCCGCUUAGAAGCUACAGAGUACGAAGAACUACUUCAAGGGCUAGUUCUGAAGCUUUAUCAUUGGGAUAGCUCCCGCUGCUUCUAUCCCAGCGACGACCCGCUUUGGUUAUCAGUCGCCGAGGCAUUUCGUCACACCUGUAUCCUGCGCAGCUUGCGCCUCCUUGAUGCCACCGAGUCCGCUGCAGAAGCGCGUAUACAGGAAUCUGUUGCUGCAAUUCUUGAUUCUUUGGCAAAUAUUCCUGGAAGCAGUGCUCUGGUUGAGCUCUCAGUCAUGCCUCUGUUUAUGGCGGGGGCUGAUUGUCUUUCCCCGCAUUCACGGCAUUACAUUUUACUGCGCCUGGCGGAAAUCAAUGGCAGGUCCGAAAUGGGUAUUGAAGGACCGAAGACACUACUCGAGAAAGUAUGGCGUGCGCGAGCACAGCAGCCAAAGCAUGAUCGAAGCAAUGUGCCUUGGAUGCUCUUCACACACAACUCCGAAUCCGCGCACCAGGAUGAUUAUUUGAUCAUAUAA